GAGACACACUAGCACAGUCUGGUAGGCUACAGCAGCAAGUCUCUAAAGAAAGGCAGAGAAUACCCAGAACAGGAGAGAGCAGGUCCAGGAUGCCCAGCCUGUUCUGGUCCUAUCUGCCAGCAAUCUGGCUGCUGCUAAGCCAACUCCUUAGAGAAAUCCUAGCAGCAGAGCUGAGGGGAUGUGAUCCCCGAUUUGGAAAAAGGAUGAUGUCAUAUUGCCCCAUGCCUGAAAAGACAUUCACCACCACCCCAGGAGGGUGGCUGCUGGAAUCUGGACGACCCACAGGGUCUCACCAGAAAUCUCACGGGAAGUUUGGGGUAGAGGGGAAGCUGCAGGAAAAACAGAAGAACAGCCUCACCUUGGAGGCUGUUGGUGCCCUCCCCACCUGGCAGCCAGAGACACAGGGUGGAGAAAACAGGGAAGCCUCAAAGAAAAAACGGUGUCAACCUCCAACAACAAAGAUGGAAUAUCCUUAGGUACGACAUCAGAAUUCAUUCCUAACUUGUCACCGGAGCUGAAGAAUCCACUGUCUGAUGGGCAGCCAUCAUUGAAAAAAAUAAUACUUUCCUGAAAAAAGAGAAAUGGACAUCACAGAUUUGAUCCAUUCUGUUGUGAAGUGAUUUGUGAUGAUGGAACUUCAGUUAAAUUAUGUACAUAGUAGAGUAAUCAUGGACUGGACAUCUCAUCCAUUCUCAUAUGUAUUCUCAAUGACAAAUUCACCCUGAUGCCCAGUUAAAUGAUUGCUGUUUAUUAGAACAU